UCAGAAGCAGACAAAUUCAAGUUGCUGCCUAGGUAUGUAUGGUGAGAGCUUAGACCUGAGGUAAUGAAGGUAGCGGUCGGCGCAAAUGGUGAGUGGGCAAAGUUUAAAGAGGAGAUGCAGAGACGUUUCAAGUUCGGUGACGGCCUCCUCACCAAAGAAGACCUGGAAAUGUUGAGAUGGGACGAAUUCUCCAUAGUGGGGUCCUUCGCCACGGCGUUUGAGAAAAUGGCAAAGAAAGUCCCAGGGUUGGCAGAAGAGGAGCAGUGUGCCACUUUCCUAGGGCACUUCAAGAACUGGGAGGGCUCGUCGCUAACUAAGAAGGUUGCGUCAGGAAAGAAGCUUACUUGGGCUGCCAUAAAGGAAGGUGUAAUGGACGGAGAACUGGACCAGGUAGACAUCUUCCAGAUGAGGCAGGCUAGGAAGAAGAGGAAGGCUUUGGAUGUCACCACGAGUGAUGGACGUGAUUUCAAGAAAAUGAUAGAGGACGCGGUGGCCCAGCUCGACGCAGAGAAGGAGGCAAAAAGGAAAACCAUGGCAGCGCCACAGACCGUAGGGAAAGCGAAAAAGGCAGUAGUGCAGGACGAAGAAGAAGAGGAAGAGGAAAAGGAGCCCGAGCCUCAGAAGCUGACUAAGGCUCAGAGGAAAGCAAGGAACUUGGCUCAAGGGGGCCAAGGCUCGGGGAGGGGUCAGGUCCCGCAGGCUGUGGCAAUGCCCCCUCCUGAAUCGUCCCAUCAAGCUGCACCAGCACCCUAUGGGCCGUGGCCAGGUUGCGGGGGAGGCGAGGGCUGGACAACAUCCGGGAGUCAAUGUGGCCAGGAAGGUGGAAGAGGUGCUGGCAGGGGGAGAAUAGAUUGGAGGAACGCCAUUUGUUGGCACUGCGGGCAGAAAGGUUACACUAUCAAGUUCUGCCAUGUCCGGAGAAACGAUGAAGACGAAGGCCUAAUCAGCACCAACUAUGAUGGGGAUAUGUACGACAAGGGGGGGUACCACCUUGAUCCAAGGAUCCCAGGCGGAACAAGGAAGGAGGCCCUACGACGAGCCGAGGCAGGUGAACCACCCGCUCCUCCAGCCAUGUUUCAGAUAUGGCAGGAGAAAGGGGUUCGUAGUGACACCAGGGUUGAAGAGGUGGGAGAAAACGAAGAGGUGGAGCAAGAGCGGAAAGCCGACACUACUAAGGUUGAGCCCCUCAUAGUAGAGUCGGACGAUGAGAUUGAAGAGGAUUACUGGAACAGGCCGUUGCACAUUGAGACAGGGGAAGACUAUUGGAGAACGGCCCGACAGACAAUGGAGAAUAUGGAAGACUUAAUGGAUAAAAUUCGAAGGUACCAGGGAAAGAUGGUAGAUUUAUGCGAAGAGGUUAAGGAGUUGGAAGGGCAGAGACCACAAGUCUUCAUAUAUGGGUUAGGCCCGAAAUCGCAGGGGGCGCCUGUGAGCAUUCUGAAUGUAUCGGUCACAGGAGGGACUCCCAGAUCAGGGAUGAGCUUUAGGCCGCCUUCACGAUCUGGGAGGGCCGCUCAGGCGGUCAGGACGAGAGCUCGAGGGCCAGCGAGUCCGAAACCGCCGGCUAAGGAUAUUCCCGGGCCGAGCAGGGAGAAGGAAGUUGUAGAACCUCCCGUGAAUGAGGAGGAGGAGGAUGACCACCUAAGGAACGAGGAGGAUGAAAAGGCGGAGCAAAGAGCCAAGAAGAGGGGCGUUAAGGCCGAUACGGAAAAGGCCCCAGAGCAGAAAAAGAAGAAGUACACAGUUAGGGUGGAGAAAGGAUUCGACGUAGAAGAGAUUAUGGACCGAAUCCUUGAAGGACAUAACCACCUCAUGAACUUGAAAGAUGUCUUGGCAUCAGAACCGAGACUGCGAGAAGAGCUCAAGGCACAUUUGUGCAGGAAGAUGGUGGCUAGCGUACGGUUAGGGGUCAUAAUCCCUAAGGAAGCUGAGUGGUCGAAGACCGGUACGAAAAUGGACUGGAAGUCCGUAGCGUGCGGGUGUUUUGAUGUUGUUGUAAAGGGGAAAGCAUGCACGACAAUGAUGAACACAAGCGCAAAAAUGAACCUCAUCAAGAAGGAGGAUGCCCUGCGCCUGAGGAUGGAGAUAGACCGCUUCGACAAUGGUAUUUUGGUAGGAGCAAAUAGUCGGUCUAUUUUUGUGGGGACCGCAUCCAAGGUGGUGCUGGAGAUCGGGAAGUGGAUGAUGGAUCUGGCCUUGGCAGACAAACACCAGUUAGGCUUGACACCACUUUGGCGCAGCCAUGCCAAGAGGGAAAGGAGGGGCAGGGCCAGUGGAACCGCCUCAGGGGACAACCAGAUAGAGAAUGCAGGCAUGGGCCAAAAGAGAAGACAGACCACCCAUCUUCACAGGAGGGAACGUCGAACUAUUUCUGAUCGAGUUCCAAUGGCACGCGAGCGAGUUUGGAUGGGAUGGAGCGAGGAUGUUGCGAGAGAUGAGCGAAACAUCGCACCAGAGGGAAAGAUGACAGGAUUCAUCAAGUUCGUAAGGAGGUUUAUCAGACAGUUUGUCAAAAGCGUUGUGGAGAGGGUUAUGCACUGGGGGGAUUGCAGGCGAUUGUUGAGGGGCUACUACAAUCCAGGGCGCCAGGCAGAGGAAAGGAGGAGUCUGGAAAGCAAAAGGAAGGAACCAGAGGCUGAGGGUAGAAGGACCUUCGAGAGAGGUACCUCGUCCAGAUCUCAGGAGGGUGAGAGGAGAAGGGAGCAUUCUACCCACAGGAUGGAAAGAAGAGGGGAGCUGCCAGCUGAGAGGAGUCAAAGGAGGAGAGAGUCAGAGGUAUCUGAGGCUCCUCCUCAGUCUAUUCAGAGGCCAGAGGAUCAGUCUAUGGCAGAAGUAAGACAGGAAGCACCCCGUGAGGUGACAGAACAGAGGAUGGAUGAGGACCAGGCUGCGAGAGAAAAGGAUUUGGACAGACAAGAAAGGGCGGCCAGAGAACAGGAGAUCAGAGCAGAAGUCAGGAGGAAGAACCUGGAGGAACUCCACAGGAGAGUGGAGCAAGGACAAUGGCCGGUGGACUUGAAGGACAAAAAGGGAAAGAGUGUAAGCAACCAGCAGGAAGAAGACCCUCCUCUACUCUUUGAAGCGUGGGAGAACUUUGAUAGGUUGAUGGGAGCUGCGAGAGGACCAGAGGGACCUCAGCAAGAGAUGGGGGUGAAGUUGGUCCUUACAGACUUGCUCACGUUGAAGGGAGUAAUGAAGGAAGGAUUUGCAGCCGCACGAGCAUCAGAUCAGAAGAUUGGAGAGAGGUUGACCAAGGUGGCUCAGAAGGCCUAUGGUCAGAGGGUGGAAUGGGAGCAGGAGACCAGGGAUCUGAAAGAGAACCAGAAGAGACAGGAUCGCGAGUUUGACGCAAUGAAGGUGGAACUGGAAAAGGCUUGGGCUGGCAAUGAGGCGAUCAGGCAGGUGAACCAGACCCUCGACAAGGUCAACGAGGCUUUGAGGGCCUAUCUGCAGGCUCAACAGGCUUCCUUCCAGGCAAAGGAGGUAAAGUGGGAGAAGAGAAUUAAGGAGCUGGAAGCGCAGCUCGAGCAGAGGGCUCCCACAGCUUUGGUGGAUUGGACUGAGGUCCAAGGAUUUGAAAUGAAGAGGCCACCUGCAGAGGAAGCCUUCAAAAGUCAGAAGGAGGAAAAAAAGGCUAAUCUACAGGCAUGAGAAGAUGUGCCUCUGCUGGAUAAAGAGAUGCUGCAACC